UCAAUAGGGGACGUUUGUAUGCGUCGAAAUUGAAUUGGUCACAGGGGCUGAAAAAUCUCAGAAAACUUUAACUGAGUGGUGUUGAUCUAUCUGAAGUGUGUCAAUCAGCUCUAUGGGCUAAACCGAUAUCGAAUCUUACCAAGCUUAGGUUGCUUGACGUAUCAAAUUGUCAAAUUUCGGGGAAGAUUCCAAUUGAACAGCUUCUCUUCCUUACCAGACUAACUGAAUUGUACAUGAGCUUCAACUUUUUUGCCACGAAAAUCCCAAGUAAGUUGGCCAAUCUCACCUAUCUUAGGGUUCUUGACCUCACCAGAUCAAACCUGCAAGGCCAUAUCCCCUACCUUCCUCAAGUAAAGAUACUUUAUUUGGGAAACAACUCAGACCUUACUGUCGAUCUCCAUUCUAUGUUCGCGAUUGGAUCCAUCCCACCCUCCAUCGGCAACUUCACCUCAUUAGUCAAAUUCAGAGCAUACAAUAGUUUCAUUCAGGGUCAGAUACCUACCUCCAUGAUGAACCUUUCGAGGUUGGAACACUUGUUUCUAGACAUGAACAACAUGAGUGGUGAGAUUUCAUCUUCAAUAUCCAAUUUAAAAAGCCUGCAAUUUUUAUCUUUGAUGCAGAACUCUUUUCAUGGACCGAUACCGGACACGAUUUGUACCAUUUCAUCUGAGGUAUCUAGACUUAGCAGUCAACUCUUUUACCGGAAACUUACCGGAUUGCAUAGGCCAUCUCCAUAACCUCAGCUGCCUUUCUGUAGGCUCCAACAACAUGAACGGGUCAAUCCCUUCAUUGUCUUCUUUCUUCCGAAACUCGACUCCGUAUAUUCUAGAUCUAGGAUAUAGUGGACUAACUGUGAAAGUAGACCAGCAACCCUUUCCACCAACAUUUCAGCCAGAAAUUUUGUACCUAGA